AUGCACUCAACUUCAAUUUCAGUAACUCCCUUGGACUCUGCUCCAUUUGGUGCUAAGGUAACAUUACCUGAGUAUGCCAAAAAUGAUCCUGCCAAUCUUACUGAUGAAGAUUUCGAAACUCUUUUCAAUGGAGUACACAAACAUCUUGUUGUGGUGAUCCCAAACCAAGCGGAACUUUCUCCUAAGUCCCAAUACUUGAUCACGAAAAGAUUUGACCCAAGUAUUCCCGAACCAAAGGAGGUUGAAGGUGCUGGAUCUGGUGCUGGAUAUGGUCAUGGUAAGGAAUUUAGACAUGAGCAAUCAGUACUUAAGAAGGAUGGAACCACCGUUAAAUCUCAACCACAGGUACAAAUCUUGGGUCAGGGGAAAUUUGGUGCCGAUGAACCAGGUAAUGAAAAUGGUGAAGAUAUCUCAUUGACCCAUCCAUCGCAUACCACUUUCCAUCAUACUCCAUUGACUGAACAACAAAUCAAGGAGGAAAACAGAACUAGAUUCUACAGAUGGCACAUUGAUUCGGCUUUGUACGACUUGUCUCCACCAGUGGUAACCACUUUGCUUGGAAUUAAGGUCCCACCAACCACACAAAAGCAAACAAUUGUAUAUGAAGACUCACCUAAUCAAGAAACCAAACUUGAACUUACUCGUGGUGCCACUUGCUUUACCAGUGGUGCCCUUGCAUUCAAAGGAUUGUCUCCGGAAGACCAAAAAUUCGCCCUUUCCACUACUGUGGAAUAUGCUCCACAUCCAUACAUUUUCAUCAGUCCAGCUGGAGCUACCAACGAUGGGUUGACCAUGGUAUCUGAAGAUAAGGAAUUCUCCUUCGAUAAGCUCCCGGAAUGGGAAUCUUCCAAGGUUAAGAAGUUGCCUAUGGUUUGGACAAACCCAGUCACCAAGGAACAUCAUUUACAAUUACAUGGAUGUUGCUUAUACAAGUUGCACACAACUAACGAUGACGGGAGUGUCACUACCUUGGACUUGAAGGAUGCUAGGAACAAGGCUCACGAAUUGAUGAGACCAGCCAUUGAACCAGAAAAGGUUUUGGCUCAUGCUUGGUCUGAAGGAGACUUGGUUAUCUUCUACAACAUAGGGGUUUGGCACAGUGUCACUGGGGAAUUCAAGGGAAUCAACAAGGAUGGUAAAGAUGAAAGAAGAUUGAUGCAUCAAUGUAAUAUCGCAUCUGCAGUAGAUCCGAAAACUAUUCAAUAA